AUGGGCUUAGGCGAUAAGCAAGUGGGAUGCAAAGGCUUAAUGGAGGGUAACACAAGGGCAACUAAAUUACUAGACGAUAAAUACAAGCAGGUAAAGGAAUUUGACGAAAGCGAAGGAUGGGAAGAGUUGGAAGAAGAUAUGGCAAUAAUAGACGCGUCAUCUGCUUUGAAGGAUUCUGCCAUAGACUCGGAUGAUUUUCAGCUUAUUGGCUUUUUCUGCGGAGCCGCAGCUUCUUGCGGGGCAGUUACACUCUCAAAUCCAAUGGAAGUGGCAAAGACUAGAUUACAGUUGCAGGGAGAAUUGUCAAAGCAAGGCGUAAAGGUUUACAACAACGUUGGUGAAGUUUUCACGAAAACUUAUAGGCAUGAAGGUAUCAGAGGUUUGCAAAGGGGAUUGGGAACUUCUUAUGUUUAUCAAACAGCCCUCAACGGAUGUAGAUUAGGAUUCUACGAGCCUGUCAGGAGACAGUUGAACUCAUUAACGGGUAUACCUGCCGAUAAGAAUGUUACAACAACAUCGGUUGGUGCGGGUAUUGUUAGUGGAAUGAUGGGUGCGGCUAGUGGAAAUCCAUUUUAUCUUAUCAAAGCGCGCAUGCAAGCGUACAGUCCAAGUUUACCAGUUGGAACUCAGCAUCAUUAUAGACACGGCUAUGAUGCACUCAAAUCAGUUAUACGGGUAGAAGGUAUAUCAGGAUUAAUUAGAGGUAUGGAUGCAGCAAUCUUAAGAACAUGCAUGGGUAGUUCCGUCCAACUACCAACGUACAUUGCUGCCAAAACAUACUUCUCAUCUAAUGGUAUAUUUGAACCAACCUCCUUAGCCAACUUUAUAUUCUCGUCAAGUAUUUCAGGCGCUUGCGUUUGUUUGAUGAUGCAGCCGCCUGAUGUUGCGCUCACAAGAAUGUACAAUCAGCCUACACAGAAAAUGGAGAAUGGAAAGUCAGUUGGACAGUUCUACAAGAACCCAAUAGACUGUCUCUACAAGACGGUGAAAGCUGAAGGUGUAACUGGGUUGUACAAGGGAACAAGUGCUCAGUUUUUACGUAUUGCUCCACAUACAGUCUGUUGUUUAGUCUUCAAUGAUUUAGUUUGCGGUUGGUACUCUGGCUUCAAGAAGUCUUAUGUUAGCACCUCCACCUCUUCAUAG